UGGGUUUAACCAUACCGGUUUUUAUUUGAAACGAAUUCUAUUAAUUGUGGUUUAAGUUCCGGUUCGGUUUCGAAAGCACUAGGAGAAACUAAAAUCCCUAAAUUUUCAUCGUUCCCUCUGCUUCUCCGACGGCUCGAUACCUUCUCCUCUGGUCGACGACUCAAAAAUCGCCGGUUAUAGUUUUUUCUUCCGACCGUUUUCUAGUUUCGUCAUUUUCCGUGUUAUUUAACAAGUAUGUUUACGUUGAGCUUCAUUCUCUAUUACGAUGUCUUACCUCGUAGAGACUUUACCUAGAUUAAUCGGGGCAUAUCGAGCUUGAUGUGAUGUUUUAGAGAAAGAUAAGGUGUGGCUGCAAUGUCUGAAGCAGAAAAUAAAUUGCCUUUCAUACCAGAGGAAUGGUCAAAUGCAGCAAGUUCUGUUUCCUGCAGUUCGUUGCAACCGGUUAUAGCUUUGGUCUGUGGCCCUAAAAACAGUGGCAAAAGCACAUUUUCACGCAAUCUUGUUGAAGUUCUUCUCCAAAGAUACAAAAGGGUUGCUUAUUUGGAUACUGAUGUUGGCCAGCCUGAAUUUACUGCACCUGGUUUCCUUUCUCUCACAAUUGUUGAUAAAUCAAUUCUAGAAUCGGAUUGGACAGUUCCAUGUGUAAAGACACCAGAGAGAUGCUUCUUCUAUGGUGAUGUUUCUUCAAAGAGGGAUCCAAAGGCAUAUUUAAGAUAUGUAUAUACCUUAUUCGAUUACUAUCAGCUACACUUCUGCAAGUCUAGCGAGAACAAAACUGAAUUGCCGCUUGUCAUUAAUACACCAGGAUGGGUUAAAGGAAUUGGCUAUGAGUUAUUGGUGGACGUGCUGAGAUAUGUUUCCCCUUCCCACGUUGUGAAAAUUAACAUCUCUGCUUACAACAAGAACCUACCAGCUGGGUUGUUCUGGUUAGACGGUAAUGAUGAUGAGACAGCUCAUUUGAUAGAGAUCCAAUCUGCUUACCAAGACAGAUAUAAUCAAUCCAUUUUAAUACAUAAGGAUGCUCGUUUGAUGAGGGACAUGCGUAUAAUCGCCUACUUUAGGCAAUGCUUUAAAGGAAAAGAAGUAAACACGAUCAAAGAACUAACACAUGAACUCGCUUCCCAUAUUCCUUAUGAAGUUCCAAUAUCGAGUUUAACAAUCAACCAUCUCCAUUGUCAGAUCCCAAGUUCUGAAGUGUAUUAUAGUUUGAAUGCUUCCAUUGUUGGUUUGGGCAUUAGCACCGAGGUGUUUGAGGAUUUGCCAUCAUGCGUAGGUCUUGGAAUCGUGAGGGGUAUUGACACAGAGAGAGGAAUAUUAUAUGUGAUCACUCCAGUACCAGAAAACUUAGUUGAGAAAGUUGAUCUUCUAUUGCAAGGCUAUAUUCAGUUACCUACUUGCCUCUUAGAGGUGAAGGAUUACAGGUCGCCAUAUUUAUCUGCCAACGUCUUAGCUUCCACCUGAUUUCUUUUAAGACAUUUUUGCUCAGUUCUUCGUUUUUACUAUGUGUCAGUUUAUCUACAAAGUUUCAUGUUUUUUUAUAGUUCAACUUACUAUGCAACCAGGGUUAGAUCAUCUUGGAGACGCAGUUAGUUAUGUGUCUUGUCCACACCUACUACUAAUGUCACCAUUUACAACUUAUAAUAAUUUUCAUUUGUUUUCGU